AUGACGGCAAAUUCAUCUCAAUAUACGAUAUUAUCUGAUAAUGCCAGUAUAGAAAAACCAGUGACUGAUGAUCGUUCUUAUAGACUCUUUAAGAUCAAUUCCAAUGACUUACAUGUAUUAGUUAUCAAUGAUCCAACUGCAGAUAAAGCUGCUGCCUCUUUGGAUGUUAAUGUUGGGGCUUUUGCGGAUAAAGAAUAUGAUGUACCUGGUUUAGCUCAUUUCUGUGAACAUUUAUUAUUCAUGGGGACUGAAAAGUAUCCUAAGGAGAAUGAUUAUGCUGAUUAUUUAGCUAAACACUCUGGUCAUUCAAAUGCUUAUACUGCUGCUGAACAUACUAAUUAUUAUUUUCAAAUUAGUUCAGAAUAUCUUGAAGGCGCCUUAGAUAGAUUUGCUCAAUUUUUCAUAUCUCCCUUAUUCAGUAUCAGUUGUAAAGAUCGUGAAAUCAAUGCUGUAGAUUCAGAAAAUAAAAAGAAUUUACAAAGUGAUAAUUGGAGAUUAUAUCAAUUAGAUAAACUGAAUAGUAAUCCAAAUCAUCCAUAUAAUGGAUUUUCAACUGGUAAUUUCCAAACUUUACAUGUGGAUCCAACAGCAAAAGGGUUAAAUGUUAGAGAUGUCUUAAUUGAUUUCCAUAAGAACCAUUAUUCAUCAAAUUUAAUGAGUUUAGUAAUAUUAGGUAAAGAAGAUUUAAAUACUUUAACUGAUUGGGCACUUGAAAAAUUCACUGAUGUUUCAAAUAAAAAUUUAUCAAGACCAACUCAUGAAGAAGUGAUCUUAACUGAAAAUCAUUUAAAAACUUUGAUUAAAGCUAAACCAAUCAUGGAUAAAAAUGAAUUAGAAAUAACUUUUAUGAUUCCCGAUGAUUUAGAACUGCAAUGGGAUACCAAACCAAAUAGUUAUUUCUCUCAUUUAUUAGGUCAUGAAAGUGAUGGUUCAGUAUUACAUUAUCUAAAACAUAAACAAUGGGUCACGGAACUUUCAGCUGGAAAUGUUAAAGUUUGUCAAGGUAAUUCAUUCUUUGUAUUAAAUUUCGAAUUAACUCCUGAAGGAUUAAAUAAUUGGAAAACAGUUGUCGUAACUGUAUUUGAAUAUUUAAAAGCCAUCACUAAAGAUGAACCUAAAAAGUGGAUUUGGGAAGAAAUUAGUAAUAUGUCAAAUGUUAAUUUCAAAUUCAGACAAAAAGCUGAAGCUUCCGGUACAGUAUCUAAAAUGAGUGGUAAUUUAUAUAAAUUCGUGGAUCAUAUUCCAAGUCAAUAUAUCUUAAGUUCAACCAUUCUUAGAUCAUUUGAUAGUGAUGCUAUUAAGAAGUAUGCUAGUUAUUUGAAUCCGGAUAAUUUUAGACUUUCAUUAAUAUCUCAAUCAUUAGAUGGUUUAACUAAUACAGAAAAAUGGUAUGGUACUGAAUAUUCUUAUGAACCAAUUCCUCAAGAUUUAAUGGAUUCUGUGAGAUCAGCCACCUUAAAUCAAAGUUUGCAUUAUCCAAAACCAAAUGAUUUUAUCCCUACCAAUUUCGAUGUAUCACCAAAACUCGAGAAACCUCUACUUCAUCCUUAUUUAAUUGAAGAUAAUAAUCGUUUACAAGUUUGGUUCAAGCAAGAUGAUCAAUUCGAAGUUCCAAAGGGAACGAUUGAAAUUGUUUUCCAUUUACCUAGCUCCAAUACUGAUGUGAAAACAGCCACAUUAUCAACCUUAUUAGGUGAAUUAUUAGAAGAUGAUUUAAAUCAAAUUACUUAUUAUGCAUCAUUAGUGGGAUUAAAGGCUCAUAUCAGUUGUUGGAGAGAUGGUUUUAAUAUUAAAGUAACUGGUUACAAUGAUAAAUUACCUGUAUUAUUAGAACAAGUAUUGAAUAAAUUCUUUAAUUUUAAACCUGAUCCAGAAAGAUUUGAAGUUAUUAAAUACAAGAUAUCACAACAAUUCAAAAACUUUGGUUUUAAUCAACCAUACGGUCAAAUUGGUACUCAUUUGUUAUUAUUGGUUAAUGAUAAAACUUAUCAAUAUGCUGAUAAAUUGACUGCUUUGAAUGAAAUUACGUUUCAAGAUCUUUAUGAAUUUAAUGCUAAAACAGUGUGGGAGUCUGGGAUUUUCAGUGAAGCUUUAAUUCAUGGAAAUUUUGAUUUUGAAAAGGCUCAAACAGUGACAAAGUUGAUUAACAGUUCUACUAAGCAUAUUAAAUCAAUAGCUGAAAGUUAUGAUGAACUUGAAAAAGUAAUCAAACUUCAGAAUUAUGUUUUACCAAAGGAUGAACAAGUUAGAUUUGAAAUCCCAUUGGAAGAUCCUAAGAAUAUUAAUUCAUGUAUUGAAUAUUAUUUCCAAAUUGCUGAAUCCACUACUCCAGAUAAUGCCAGAUUAAGAGUUCUUAGUGAUUUAUUAGCUACUACACUCAAAGAACCAUGUUUUAACCAAUUAAGAACCAAAGAACAAUUAGGUUAUGUUGUCUUUUCAGGUGUCAGAUUAGGUAGAACUUCAUUAGGAUUCAGAGUCUUAGUUCAAUCUGAAAGAACAUCUGAUUAUUUGGAAUAUAGAAUUGAAGAAUUUUUAGAUAGAUUUGGAAGAAUUGUCAAUAAAUUGGAUGAUGUUGAGUUCCAAAAGUAUAAGCAAGCACUUAAGGAUAGUAAAUUAACUAAAUUAAAACAAUUAAGUGAAGAAACUUCAAGAUUUUGGAAUUAUAUCGUGGAUGGAAAGUAUGAUUUUGAAGCUAAGUUUAAUCAUGUUAAAGUAUUAGAAACUAUAACACUUGAAGAAUUCAGACAAUUUUAUAAAGAAUUUGUGUUGGACAACAAGUCCAGAUUAAUUCUUCAUUUAAAAUCGCAAAAUCCAAAUACUCCAUCUGAAUUAAAGUUGAUCCAAAGUUCAUUAAUAAAUUUCAUAUAUAGAAAUGAUUUAGAAAUUUCAUCAGAUAAAUUAGAGGCUAUCAUCCAAAAGAAUUUAGAUAAUCAUAAGGAAUUAGUCACCGAAACCAUUCAAGAACUUGAAAAAUCAAAUACUGAACGAGUUCCAUCAUUCGAAACCUUAUUAAAAGUAUUACAAGAUGAUACAGCUAAUCCAAUUCCAGCAAAAUAUCAAGGUACAGCAUUAACUAGUGUAGACAAACUUAGAUCUCAAAUGACAUUAGGUGGUUUACCAGUACCAUUUAAUAGUUUCAGUAAAUUCUAUUAUCCUCAUGAUAUCUCCCAUUUAUAG